AUGGUGCACCCGAAUACGUUUCUCAAAGUCACUAUGAUGAUGGAUGUUAAACUGGAUGAAGUGAAUGACGAUGUUAAAGAUGAUGUCAAACUGAAUGAUGUCAAAAUGGGUGCUAGACUGGUUGUUAUCGAGGUAGAUGUUCGUGAACAAUUUACAAAUAAACAAGAGCUUAUGGUUCGUGAACAUGUGCUACAAUGGGCCUGCUUGGAGGCCGGGAGAUUAGGAUUUGGUGUUGGAAGGUCGAAAAAUGGUUUAGAUAAAAGACAAACAUUUGUAACAAUGAAAUGCGAAAGAAAUGGUACAUAUCAACCGCCGAUUAGAAAGUUGAAACGUGAUGACACUGGAUCGAGAAAAUGUGAGUUUUCAUUUAAAUUGCACGGAUAUCGUAAGUCGAAUGGUACGUGGAAAUUUAAUGUGGUUUCCAAUAUAUGUAAUCAUGCCUCAUAUGAUAAGCUAAUCGUUCAUCUAUUUGUAUGUCGCCUUUUUCCUGAGAAGAAUGAACUUGUUCCGGAUAUGACAUUAAAUAUAGUGGUCUGA